CUGUGGCCGGUGAGGGCUUCGAUGGCCCCUGAAAACUCGCGCUGAAGGGGAAGACCUGCUUUGCAUCCCUUCGCUGGGAAGGGGAGUGGACAUGUAAAAUCGCUAUUUUACCCUUCCAACAAGCCGCCUCUGCACCUUCAAUCGCAAAUCGGGGGCUGCUCUUCCGGCCGCAUCCUUCAAACGAAGUCCAGGGACUGGGGUGAGCCCGAGGGUUUUGUUAAAUGCUUGUGAUUAUUCCGGCUUAACGUCUCAAUUCCUGCAUUUUCACCAUGGAAUGACAUCAGAAAGUUUUUGAAGAAAAAUUUUGAGGAAAAGGAUGACGAGGUUCCAGGUUGACGGGAAAGUGGUGGAGAGAGUGGAUUUGUUGAAACGGAGACAUUGGCUUUGGCGCUUGAAUGUCUGGCCGUUUGCCAUUAUAUAUUCUCUUUGGGUUUUCAUAGUCUUGCCAAGUCUUGACUUUACUGAUGCAGCUAUAGUUUUUGGUGGGAUAGCUGUUGUUCAUAUCCUAGUGUUUCUGUUCACUGCUUGGUCAGUUGACUUCAGAUGCUUUGUUCAGUAUAGUAAGGCUAAGGGUAUUCAUGAUGCGGAUGCUUGCAAGAUUACUCCUGCAAAAUUUUCUGGUUCCAAGGAGAUUGUGCCACUUUGUUGUCGUAAAAUUACGGCAGGGUCUUCAACAUCCCAGACUAUUGAUUCAGAAGAAAUCUACUUUGACUUUAGAAAGCAAAGGUUUAUUUUUUCAGAUGAGAUGAAGAAUUUCUGCAAGCUUCCUUAUCCAUCAAAGGAAACAUUUGGAUUUUAUCUUAGAAACACAGGCCAUGGUUCAGAAGCAAAAGUUUCUGCUGCUAUUGAGAAAUGGGGACGUAAUGUGUUUGAUUACCCCCAACCAACAUUCCAGAAGCUGAUGAAGGAGCAUUGCAUGGAACCUUUCUUUGUUUUCCAGGUUUUCUGUGUGGGCCUUUGGUGUCUCGACGAGUAUUGGUACUAUAGUUUGUUCACCUUAUUCAUGUUAUUUUUGUUUGAAUCAACAAUGGCAAAGAGUCGAUUAAAAACAUUGACAGAGCUGAGGCGUGUGAGGGUUGAUAAUCAGACAAUUAUGGUGCAUCGAUGUGGGAAGUGGGUGAAGCUGUCCGGAGUGGACCUCCUUCCUGGUGAUGUUGUUUCCAUUGGACGCUCUUCUGGUCAAAGUGGAGAGGAUCGAUCUGUCCCUGCAGAUAUGCUUUUGCUAGCAGGAAGUGCAAUAGUAAAUGAAGCAAUUCUGACAGGCGAAUCUACUCCUCAGUGGAAGGUUUCAAUAUCAGGUAGAGGUAUGGAAGAGAAAUUAUCUGCUAGGAGAGACAAAAAUCACAUCCUGUUUGGAGGGACAAAAAUCUUGCAGCAUACUCCAGAUAAGGCAGUGCAUCUGAAAACGCCUGAUGGAGGGUGCUUGGCCGUUGUAUUACGUACUGGAUUUGAGACAAGUCAAGGGAAGCUGAUGAGGACAAUCUUGUUUUCCACCGAGAGGGUUACUGCAAAUAGCUGGGAAAGUGGGUUGUUCAUUCUGUUUCUAGUUGUUUUUGCACUUAUUGCUGCUGGUUAUGUUCUGAAAAAGGGACUAGAGGAUCCAUCAAGAAGCAAGUACAAACUCUUCCUAAGUUGUUCACUAAUUAUUACUUCUGUGAUCCCACCUGAGCUUCCUAUGGAACUCUCCAUUGCUGUCAAUACAUCAUUGAUUGCACUAGCACGCCGUGGUAUUUUUUGCACAGAACCAUUUCGAAUUCCAUUUGCUGGGAAGGUUGAUAUAUGUUGUUUUGACAAGACUGGUACACUUACAUCAGAUGAUAUGGAGUUUAGGGGGGUUGUUGGCCUGACUUCAAGUAUGGAAUUAGAAUCUGAUACAAGUAAAAUUCCAUUACGUACCCAAGAAAUCCUUGCUGCAUGUCAUGCGUUGGUGUUUGUGGACAAUAAAUUGGUUGGUGACCCACUUGAGAAGGCAGCAAUUAAAGGGAUAGACUGGACAUACACUUCUGAUGAGAAGGCCGUGCCUAAAAGGGGAAGCACACAUGCUGUACAAAUCAUCCAACGACAUCAUUUUGCUUCUCAUUUGAAACGAAUGGCAGUUGUUGUUCGUGUUCAAGAAGAAUUUUUUGCGUUUGUGAAGGGUGCUCCAGAAACGAUCCAAGGGCGGUUGACUGAAUUGCCGCAAGGAUAUGUUGACACCUAUAAGCAAUUUACUCGCCAGGGCUCUAGAGUUUUGGCCCUUGCAUACAAGUCUAUUCCUGAAAUGACCGUCAGUGAGGCCAGGAACUUGGAAAGAGAUUUGGUGGAAAGUGAUCUGAUUUUUGCUGGUUUUGCAGUUUUCAAUUGUCCUAUUAGAGCAGAUUCUGCAACUGUGCUGUGUGAGUUGAAGGGAUCCACACAUGAUUUGGUGAUGAUCACUGGAGAUCAAGCUUUAACAGCCUGCCAUGUGGCAAGCCAAGUACACAUUAUUUCUAAACCAUCACUAAUUCUGACUCCAGUGAGGGGCUCUCAAAGAUUUGAGUGGGUCUCACCAGAUGAAAGUCAGACGAUUUCUUACAGUCAAAAUGAAGUGGAAUCUUUGUCAGAAUCUUUCGAUCUUUGUAUUGGCGGGGACUGCUUUGAAAUGUUACAACAAGGUUCAGCUGCUCUGCAAGUCAUUCCAUUUGUAAAGGUCUUUGCAAGGGUUGCCCCAGAUCAGAAGGAACUCAUAAUGACCACUCUCAAGACAGUUGGGAGGAUGACUUUGAUGUGUGGAGAUGGAACGAAUGAUGUUGGGGCAUUAAAGCAGGCUCAUGUGGGUGUUGCCCUACUGAAUGCAAUACCACCAGCACAACCAGAUGGUUCAUCAUCAGCUGAAGCUUCCAAGAGCGACACGAAGGUCGGGAAACAGAAGAAGCAGUCAAAACCAGGAACGGAGUCGCUUGGUCUGAAUGGAGAUGGAUCCGGACAGAGUAAAAGCAGAGCCAGUCGAGCACCAAAGGCAUCAGAAUCAGGUUCUAACGCCACUGCUAAUCGUCAUCUGACUGCAGCUGAGAAGCAGCGUCUCAAGCUGAAGCAGCUCAUGGAUGAGAUGAAUGAAGAGGGUGAUGGCCGUUCCCCACCCAUUGUCAAGCUCGGAGAUGCGUCAAUGGCAUCACCGUUCACUGCAAAACAUGCUUCAGUUUCGCCCACUCUUGACAUAAUCCGCCAAGGUCGGAGUACACUUGUGACGACACUUCAGAUGUUCAAGAUUCUGGGCCUCAACUGCCUCGCGACUGCCUAUGUUCUAAGUGUUAUGUACCUGGAUGGCGUUAAACUCGGCGACAUGCAGGCCACCAUAAGCGGUGUCUUCACAGCAGCGUUCUUCCUCUUCAUUUCGCAUGCCCGGCCACUUUCAACACUCUCGCCUGAGCGCCCGCACCCAAAUAUUUUCUGUGCUUACGUCUUUCUCUCCCUGCUUGGUCAGUUUGCAAUUCACCUGUUAUUCCUCAUCUCAUCAGUGAAGGAAGCGGAGAAGUACAUGCCAGAGGAAUGUGUAGAGCCAGAUUCCGAAUUCCAUCCUAAUCUGGUGAACACGGUCUCUUACAUGGCUAGCAUGAUGAUUCAGGUAGCCACUUUUGCCGUGAACUACAUGGGCCAUCCUUUUAACCAGAGCAUAAGGGAGAACAAGCCUUUCUUGUACGCGCUCACUAUGGCCGUCGUAUUUUUCACGGCUAUUACUUCCGAUCUGUUCAGGAGUUUGAAUGAUUGGUUAAAGCUUGUGCCAUUGCCGCAGCCUUUUGGUACGAAGCUGCUUGGCUGGGCAAUGCUCAUGAUGGUGAGUUGUUUAUUGUGGGAGCGGUUAUUGAGGUGGGCCUUUCCAGGGAAGAUGCCAUCACGGAAGAGGCGGCAACGUCCGGCAGCUAUAGCGCAGAAGAAGGCAUUGUAACCUACCGAGAAACUUUGUAGCGAAUUUUCUCCCCAUUUUCAUAAUUUUGUCUUUCUAAGCUUUCAUCCUCAUCAUUGUUUAAUUUAUAGUAGAAUUUUCAUUGGACAAGGAGAGAGGUAGUUUAACAUUAAUUAAUAUUUGGAGAAUUCAAGCA